AUGAAGUACGACGCCAUCGGUCUAGCCGAGAAGAGAAGACGCCACCUUUUCAACGCCAUCUAUGACACCGGAGAAGAACUGUUCCUCGGAACAUGCGACAGUACAGGAGUCGGCGGCGACGGCGUUCUCUUCGGACUAGAUGGUGCUGCUAAGCUGUCGAGCGACGCCAUUUCGAAGACAGUUGUUCGUCAACAUUUCUACCUCUGCAUUCAGCUUGUCGAUGCUGUUACUAUGUGCAGUCAUGGUUUUGGAGAUAUUCGCCUACAUCACCUUGGAAAGGAAAAAAUCUUCUUCAUGUCCUUGGCCGCUGCUAUUUUGCUAUUUUCUGCUGUCCUGUGUAUUGUUUACGCCAACAAGUUCAAGUCGGCCGUAGCUGUUGGACUUCUUCAAACUAUCGUUCGGUAUGACGAUCAGCCGGUAGAUCGUUUAUUUGUCGAUAAAUUUCAGAGCUUUUACAACUGCUGUGGCGUGAAUGGUGAUGACGACUACCGUGAUUUAUCGAGUGUGAAGCUUUAUGGUUAUAAAAAGUAA